UCAUUGCAGAAAUGCUCGGACUACAAGGCCUCGAAAGUGAAGACUUUCGUGAGGACCGAACCGCCAGAUACGCAGGUGACCAAGUCGGUGAUCGCUCUGCUGCUGCACUACGGAUGGAACAAAUUCACGAUCGUGACCGAGCGAGCCUGGUCGACGGUCGCCCGUUCGUUGCAAGAACAGGCGACCAAGAACAAUCUCACCGUGAACCAUUACAAGACCGUCGAGGAUCGGCACACGUGCUGCGAGGAGAGGCUGCCUUGCUGCCAAGUCAGCGUAUGGUUCCAACUCAUACAGGAGACCAAAAAUAUGACCCGCAUUUACAUCUUCCUCGGCACGCCAAUGUCACUAAUAGAUAUGAUGAAUUCGAUGCAAGGCCAAAGGUUGCUGGACGACGGACAAUACAUGGUAAUACACGUGGACAUGAUGAUGUAUUCGCAACGCGAAGCACAAAAAUAUUUAUGGAAACCGGAACAUUUUGAUACUCUAAAAAACUGCCUCGAGCCCAAGGACUUUUUGAAAAGGGCACGCUCGCUGAUGGUCGUCGUAUCAACACCACCAACACAGAAUUACGAGGAAUUCACUAAAAAGGUUCGGCAGUACAGUAACAAGGAGCCUUUCAAUUUCGUAAUUCCCCAGCUUCUGAGAAAGUAUGAAAAGUAUGUGUCCAUUUACGCGGCGUAUCUCUACGAUUCUCUCAAGCUGUACGCGAGAGCCUUGGAUCAACUGAUACGAGAUCUACCGGAUCAAUCUGUCGAGGAUCUCGCUAAAAAUGGCACUCUUAUAAUUGAGACGAUUAUCAAAAAUCAUACAUAUCAAAGUGUGAGCGGGGCGACCAUCAAGCUGGAUAAAUUUGGAGACUCGGAGGGAAAUUUUUCGGUGCUUGCUCUGAAGAAAAUUCCGUUCCGUCGUGACAACUUCUCCUGCGACUAUCAAAUGUCGCCCGUUGGCCAGUUUCUGCAGGGUGAAACUCUAAUGUACAAACCGUGGGGUGCCAUGGAGUGGCCUAGUAAAACUAAGCCGGAAGCAGAACCUGGUUGCGGUUUUCUCAAUGAACAUUGUCCGAAAGACGACACACAUCUCCGCAGUAUCAUUGUCGCCGUGGGGCUGGCCAUCGUGCUAUUCUGCGCUGCAGUAAUGACUGUGAGUAUAUACCGAAGAUGGAAAAUAGAACAGGAAAUAGAAGGAUUGCUUUGGAAAAUUGAUCUGAGCGAGAUACACGGCUAUCCUCAUCUCGAUAACAUGAUGUCCUCCCCUAGUAAGUUAAGUUUAGUUAGUGCAAUGUCCUAUGAGUCGAGAUGCGGCGGCCAAGUGUUUGCGCAAACUGGGCAUUACCACGGUGUAGUGGUACGGAUAAAGGAGCUGAAAUUCUCGAAGAAAAAAGAUAUUUCACGGGACGUUAUGAAGGAGAUGCGCGUUCUCCGUGAACUUAGACAUGGUAAUCUCAACACUUUCUACGGAGCGUGCGUGGAACCGAUGAGGAUAUUAUUAUUUACCGACUAUUGUGCCAAAGGAAGUCUUUAUGAUAUCAUUGAAAACGAAGAUAUAAAAUUAGAUGAUAUGUUCAUUGCAUCGUUAGUUCACGAUCUCAUUAAGGGUAUGCUGUAUAUUCAUGAGUCAUCUCUACUAGUCUGUCAUGGUAAUCUAAAGUCUUCCAAUUGUGUCGUGACUUCACGCUGGGUGCUUAAAGUCUGCGAUUUUGGUCUUCAUGAUAUGCGUCAUUGUGCCGAAUCUGAUAGCAUCGGUGAACAUCAGUAUUAUCGAAGCUUGUUUUGGAAAGCGCCCGAGCUGCUAAGAAACCCGCAUGCUUCGAUUAGAGGCACUCGAGAAGGAGAUAUUUAUUCUUUUGCCAUUAUUCUAUACGAAAUGCUCGGACGGAAAGGACCGUAUGGAAAUAUAAAUCUGGAACCCAAAGAAAUCAUAGAUCGAGUGAAAAAGUUCCCGGAAGAUGGUGAACCACCGUUCAGGCCUAACUUAAACAUACUCUCCGAGUCGAAAGCAAAUUGCGCCGAUUAUGUCGUUGGUACUAUUAUGGAUUGUUGGGCGGAAAGUCCGGAACUUAGACCAGAUUUCAAAAUGAUAAGGACCAGAUUAAAGAAGAUGAAAGGUGGAUGUAGUCGAAAUAUAAUGGAUCAAAUGAUGAAUAUGAUGGAGAAAUAUGCGAGCAAUCUCGAAGAUCUAGUCACCGAACGUACGGGACUUCUUUUGGAUGAAAAAAAGAAAACCGAGGAUUUACUUCACAGAAUGUUACCUAAGCCAGUUGCAAAUUGUUUAACAAACGGUAUUGGAGUAGAACCGGAAGCCUUCGAUUUGGUUACGAUAUAUUUCAGCGACAUCGUCGGUUUCACGGCGAUGUCAGCAGAAAGCACACCAUUUCAGGUUGUAAAUUUCUUGAAUGAUCUGUAUACAUUGUUCGACCGUAUAAUCAGAGGAUACGAAGUGUACAAGGUAGAAACGAUCGGGGAUGCUUACAUGGUCGUUUCCGGUCUUCCAAUCAGAAAUGGAGAUCAGCAUGCUGGACAGAUAGCAUCGAUGUCGCUGGAAUUACUUAACGCUGUCAAACAUCACACGAUACCUCAUCGGCCUCAAGAAACUCUCAAGCUACGUAUCGGCAUUCAUACCGGUCCUGUGGUAGCGGGCGUUGUCGGUUUGACAAUGCCUAGAUAUUGUUUGUUCGGAGACACUGUCAAUACCGCAUCUCGUAUGGAAUCUACCGGAGAACCAUUACGAAUACAUAUAAGUAAGCAAUGCAAAGAGGCGCUAGAUAAGAUCGGAGGUUAUAAGAUCGAAGAGCGCGGCUUCGUUGAAAUGAAAGGAAAAGGAACGGUGAAGACGUAUUGGCUCACGGGGGCUACAGUGACACACAGAAAAAAUAUAGAGAACUUUAACGAGGACGAAAAUCUUCCACUGCUGUUCUGCAGACCACGAAAAAGCCCAAAAUUAAAUCCGGACUCACGAUACGCAUCACUGUUAGAUGGAUUAGGUGCUGGAAGUCGCAGGCAAUCAAAUGUACCGUAUCCAAUGGCUGAUGAUUCGUCUUCCCAGUGUGGUGGAUCCAGUCCAGUUCCGCGACUAUUACAUGCUCGCAAACUCGAGAAAUCCCCCCUCCCUUUAACUGAAAGUGUCUCGAAGACCACACUAGACAAUAUUUCAUUUCAGGAAGAAAGUGCGCAGAGACAUUUCAAUAUCAAAUCAGUCGACGAUCUGUUCAUAAACACGGGGCCGAAAUUUAGAAAAAAUGCACGUGCCCUGUCUACCAUCGCAUCCUCAUCGUCAAGCGACUAUCCAUCUCAAACUGUCAUACGCGAAUCUCGCUCGUUGGACCCGAUUCCCACUGAUAUAUAUAACAAACGUUUCGAAUCGCCAAACUUUUGGAAGGAAAAUGAAUGCACGCAGACAGAUUCGAAAAUGGACAUUUCAGAGAAAAUGUUGAACAAUAAUUAUCCUAAUGGCAAUGUGAUAAUGAUGCCUCAUACCGAUAACUCACCGAAUGAAGCAGAUCCGUUGUUAGGUGACGAUAGUGAAGGCAAAAACGAAAUACGAGAGAAGCGUUCGCGCUCGCUAGAUCAGGUGGUAUCUGCAUCUAGCAUGGAAAGUGUACCUGAUAAAAAGUCUUCCGCGCGAAAAUUGUUAGAAAUUCCACCUGUUUCAACCAUCAUCCAGAUGUUCAAUGGUAACGGAUUGCGGAACAGCAACCACUCUUUAAGGAGAGGAAUAAUACCAGGGUACGAUAAGCAAAACGAACGCGAAAGUGUGGUCUAGUAUAUACAUUCGACAAAUAUAUUUUUUUAAGUACGACAAACUCGAUAGCAAAGAAUAAAAUCAUGUGUAAAAACUGUGCGCUACCAGAUGCAUAACCAUGUGAAACAUAUUACGUUUACGAGUCAGAAGCAUGAUUUAUUGUUGCCAUCUUUUUUUUUCUUUUUUCUAGCUUAGUUAUGUGCAAUUUAUGUAUAUGAAAGUUACCGACAUACGCGUUGUAUAUUUUUAAUAUUUAGAUAUUUUAUAACUUGUGUGCAUUAAAACGUGUGCAUCGAAACGAUGCAGAAAACAACUUUUACAUGAUUUUUACAGGAUCUCUCCUGUUCUCUUCUCUUUAUUAAGAUUUUUAAUUUGAAUUUUGUAACGAAAACAGUAAACUCUAUUUUAUAAAAAUCAUGACCAAAGUACACCACGGACAUUUAGAUCAUCCAACAAUUCAUCUCGUUUAAUAAUACGAAAAAGGAAUUAGGAUGGCAUUGCAUAUAAUCGAUGUCAGAAUGGUUAAAAGAAGCUUUUUAUUUUAUAGGUAAUUUCUAGUUUUAUGUGAAAAAAAUAAAAAGAUAAGAAAUUACGCACACCCACACACAAAAGAUAAUUAUUCAAAUUAUAUAUAAUAAUUAAAUCUGUAGAAGAUUAUCUAACAAACGAAAAGUUUCUCAACCAUUCCAAUGUCGACUGUAUAUACACGCGCGCAUAAUCAAAUAUGGAGUAUGGAUGUGUAAGUGAGACGUGUGUAUAUAAUACAUAUAUUAGCAUAUAUGUAUAUCUAUAGUAUAUAUAAGUCUAUACUUGUUCAAUUAAUUGAAGGAAGCAAAUUGUCCGUAUGGCUGUGAGAAAUAAACUAGAUUAUACCUAAGGUGCUUAGUAAUAUAUCAUGUUGUCAAAUGUAUAUAACUAAAAAAAUAAUAUAUCAAU